UUGGUUACCAUCACUAUCUGAAACCGUGGGACAUAGAGAGGGAGAGAGAGCUUUUCUAUAGUUCCAGCAUCCAUGACGACUCGCAACAUGCCAAAUAAUCACUCUCCAAUCCUUUUCUUUAAGAUCAUCACAACGACAAGUAUUGAAGCUGGAGAGCUUAGGAUUCCAAACAAUUUCACUAAGAGAUAUGGUGGUGAUAUGUCAAACCCAAUGUUUCUCAAGCCUCCAGAUGGAACUGAAUGGCAAAUAUGUCAUAGUAAAACUGAUGGGGAUGUUUGGUUUCAAAAUGGUUGGAAAGAUUUUGCGAAAUAUUACUCCCUCGAUCACGGACACAUGGUGUUGUUUGAAUACAAGGAUUCUUCUCAUUUUGGGGUACAUAUAUUUGAUAAGAGCACCCUUGAAAUAAGAUAUCCUUCACAUGAGAAUCAAGAUGAAGAGCACAACCCUGAUCAGAUUGAUGAUGACUCUGUUGAGAUAUUGGAUAAGAUACCUCCUUGCAAGAAGACUAAACUGAAAUCACCAAUGUCGUGUCCUAAACCACGCAAGAAAUUGAGAACCAGUACAAGUGAAGAUGUUGGAGAAAGGCCUGAAUUGCACAACUUGCCUAAACAAGUCAAAAUUGAAGAUGAUGUCAGUGGAAAUACUGAAUGCCUUGAAAGGGAGGACUUAACUUCCAAAAUCACUGAAGCUUUGAACAGAGCCAGAACUUUCCAAUCUAAAAUUCCCUCCUUCAUGACUGUCAUGAAACCUGCCUAUGUUGAUGGAUAUUCCUUGCAUAUCUCAUCAUUAUUUGCAAAAAAAUAUUUGAAGAAUGCAACGGAUGUCCUCCUGCAAGUCUUGGAUGGGAGAACUUGGUCUGUUAGUUUUAACCUCGGUAAAUUCAAUGCUGGGUGGAAGAAAUUCGCAUCAGUUAAUAAUUUGAAGGUGGGAGAUGUAUGUCUUUUUGAGCUAAACAAGAGUGUACCCCAUUCAUUGAAAGUAUUGAUCUUUCCACUUGCGGAAAAACUGCAUUCGCCGUCUCAAUCACCAGUUCAAGGAGAUAGAGUCAAUCGUAUCAACUAUGGGAGAUUCCGGUAUACUGAAAUUCAAAAUGUUCUUACCACCAAAUGUGGGGAGACAACUAAAAGAGCUUCAAAGCUAAUUAGCCCCCGCCUCCGCCCCUUGACAAAUGCUGCUCUGGAAGAAGCUAACAAAUUCAACUCAAACAACCCUUUUUUCAUAGUCAAUUUAGCGCCAGAUAUGGAGUGGGAUUACAGACCGACCGCGUGUACCAAAUCCCUUCAUCAGAGAGUACUUCAAUGACAUGCAGCAGACCAUAAUGUUACAGUACGAAAAGAAAUUGUGGCCUGUGAAGUUGAUCUGUUAUCCAAAAAAAGGUUCAGGCAAGUUGUCCAAAGGUUGGGUCGAAUUUGCUGGAAAAAGUAAAUUGGUAGUUGGAGAUGCUUGUGUGUUUGAGCUCAUCAAUAAGGAAGAUCCGGUGCUUGAUGUUCACAUUUUCAGAGGUCACUGAUAUUUGAAGCUGUUAGUACCAUACAAAAUGUACCACUGCUUCUAAAUACAAUGGACAAAAACAUUAAACUAACCUUUGCUGUAUUAUGUCUACAUUGAUAAAUACUCAGUUAUAUAGUCCUGUAUGAAUGAAAUUUUUCUGCUUUGUAGAAUGAAAUUUUCGA